AUGUCUUCAUUGCUGCCUACACCGCUACCUUUCUGGCCAAAGAACACCCCGAAGUCCUCAAAUGACUCGUGGUUGCAAUGGAGGAAGACAUUUGAGGAUUAUAUUGAACUACUCCCGAUUUUGUCCCCAACGAUUGUACUAGACGUCCCAUCUAAGUUGAAACUCCUCCGGACGAAUCUCGGAGAGUUGGGACAACGAUAUUUCGAUGCCCUCAAUCUACAAAAGGCUAUAGAUCUCCAAACAGCCUACUCAAAACUCGAGUCAGCGUGGGGAGGAAAGGACAACGUCUUUCUCAGUCGCUAUCGGUUUUGUCAAAUGCGUCAAGAAUCCAAUCAAUGUGUCAGUGAUUUUAUUACUAAUCUGACUGUGGCCAUUCAGGACUGUGGGUAUAAAGAGAUCAAUGCAGACAACUUCGAGCACGCAAUGCUCGUUCAGCAGUUGAUCGUCGGUCUACGCGAUGAAAAAGCUCGGGAAAAUCUCUUAUCAGAGAAGAAGGAUUUGUCAUGGGAGAAAGCCUGUGAUAUUGCCAGUCAUCAGGAGCGCGUGCGGCAAAACCUUCAGCAGCUGAAUCAGUCAAACGAUGGAGUGAUAGCAGCCUUGGAACCGGAAAUUGCUGUCUCCCUGGUCAACACUGCUGUGUCUUCACCUAGACAGCGACCCUCAGCUCCCUCAAAACAAUUACCAUCCUGCUAUUGUUGUGGUCAGCAUCAUAUCCGGUGGUCAGACUGUAGACACCAGAAGACGGUAUGCCAGUUUUGCAAGAAAGUCGGCCACAUCGAACGAGUGUGUUUCUCCAAAAGACGAGCGAAUAGUAACACGCAUGCGACCUACCCUAGUCCAGCUGGGGAUGGUGAGGCGAUACUCCGAAUGUUUUCGGCCAACGCUACUCUCCAAUCCCCCUACACCAUCACGCUUCCGGUUGAUCACCAUCCCGUGAAGUUUGAAAUCGACACUGGCUCAGCUGUUACUCUCAUCAAUGAGGCAGUUUGA